AACACAAUUGCAUAAAAAUAAGGAAUUAUUGCAUAGAGAAACCGUUAAUCAAAUGACUAAAGAAUGUUUACAAUGGGAAGAAGCAUUAUCUCAAUGGCGUGCUGUGUUUGCUAAUCCAGGUCCUAAUCCAUGGUCAUCAAAUUUAUUCAAUAUACAUUCAUCUAGUGUUUCACCAAUAGUUAACACUCCACAAGAUAAUAAUUCAAAUGGAUUUCAUAAUGUAGAUAAUUCAAACCAUUUAGCGUUGCCUGAUAUCCAAGAUCUUUGGCAUGAUGAUCGAGCUCGACCUGUUAAUCUUUGUGAAGUAUCAUUUCGUUUAGCAAUUUGUGAAUUUGAAUUAUGUUUUGCUAAUUGUCUUGCUGAUUCAGAAGCUCAAUUAGUUAAUGUAUUAACUGAUGCUCAAUGUCGUUUGAAUUGGCUUUCAUUAAAAUUACUUACAAAUGAUCCAACUACAGGUUAUCCAAAUACACCAGCUACAUUUUUACGUGAUCCUUGUGAUGUUACUACUAAUAAUACCACUAAUGGGAAUAAUAAUAAUAAUAAUAAUAGUGACGAUAUAGAUAUGCAAAAUGGGACUGAUGAUAAUUGCAGUCAAGCUUUGAAUGGUCAUGAUAAUUCAAUUCCCAUUUGUAAUCUAAGCGAUUCAUAUUCUACUGAUCUUCCUAAAUUAUUAACUGAACCAAUAUCCAAUUCACCAUUUGCAUUAUCUUUAUCUAAUACAUCUGAUAUGUCAUCUAGUAUAGAACAACAACUACAAUUACAACAACAACAACAACGUCCAGAACGCAAUCGUCUUUGGCAAAGUGUUAGACAAUCUAUGUCAAAAUUUCGUUCUCAUUUUAUUCGUAAUAAUAAUAUUCGUUCAUCGACAAGUUCUAUACCAAAUACACGUACAUAUCAAUGUCGUCUUCGUGAAACGAUUAUCACUACUAUACCAAUAUUAAAUACUGUAAAUAAUAAUAAUAAUAAUAAUAAUAAUAAUAAUAAUCAGUCGUUACAUAAUCCAACUAUGAAUGGAUUAAAUAAUCAAAACUCUUUAG